AAGAGUGUGAGGAGACAGAAGCGUUUCCGGGUUCAAUCCGCAGCUGCAGCCGUUGUUUGCAGCGCCAUGGCGGCCGUACGCAGCCUGCGGGUGUCGGUGAAGUCGGACAGUGGUUCGGAGCACUCGGACUCGGACUCUGACUCCGAGUCGGACCGAGAUGUUCGCGAAGCGGAGCCGAUGGAGGUGGAGGAGGGGGAGCUGGAGGACGUGUCCGUGAACCGCUCCCUGAAGGAGCUGCUGCCGGACACGAGUCGCAGGUAUGAGAACAAAGCUGGAGCCUUCAUCACCGGGAUCGACGUCAACUCCAAGGAGGCGAUUGAGAGAAAAGAGAAGCGAGCAAGACGUUUUCAUUUCCAUGAAGAGGAGAGCGACGGACAGAGGAACCUUUUUCUCGACAAAGACAUCAUGAAGAAAGCCAUCCCCAGACUACGCAUGGAGGCGAUCUAUGUGACGGGCGUGGACGACAUGAGCACGCAGGACGUCUUCGGAUAUUUUAAGGAAUAUCCUCCGGCACACAUCGAGUGGAUCGACGACGCUUCCUGUAACGUGGUUUGGCUUGACGACAACACGCCCAUCAGAGCCCUUAUCAACGCCAGCCGGACGCCAGACCCGGAGGCUGUUACCACGGAGACAGAGGGCACCAAAGAGCCGGCUGAGCAGAGCGAAGUUCGCCAGGGUCAGGGGUCAGAUGAAGAGGAGGGUGAGGUGGACGAGGACGAGACGGCGAAGAAGAGUGGCGAGGAGAUCGAGGGGAAGGACAGCGACGGAGAGGUGGAGCAGAAGACAAAGGCGGAGGGCAGUCAGAUCAACGACCUAUCAGGAGCAGAGAGAGAGUCUCUGCUGAGAAAUGACCUGCGGCCGGCGAUCAAACCGUUUAAAGAAAACAAAAUCCUCCUGCGCUUCGCCACGCAAGAAGAUAGGAAGGAGCUGGGCGCCGCUCGCCGCAGCAGGUACUACAUGAAGUACGGAAACCCAAACUACGGAGGCAUGAGGGGAAUCCUGAGCAACUCCUGGAAGAGGAGGUUUCACAACCGGCGAAUCCAGCGAGACGUCAUCAAGACCAAGAAGCCUCUGAUCGGAGACAGCAUGGGUCACACGCCGCCGUACACGCACCGACACUCAGCUGACCUGGUCAACCUGCCAGAGGAGCCAAUCAAAGAAGAAGAAGAAGAGGAGGACGAUGACUAUGGCGGUGACGAGGACAUGGACUCGGACGACAGGGUGGUGGAGUACAAAGAGCGAGGAGAAAAGAGCGCCGGCUUGCGCUCGCCGGGGGCGGUGCUUCGUAGCCGGACGGAACGCUCUCCGUCUCCCUGGUCGGAGUCGGACGAGAUGGAUUACGACCUGGAGCUGAAAAUGAUCUCUACGCCGUCGCCAAAGAAGAGCAAGAAGAUGACGAUGUACGCAGACGAGCUGGACACUCACCUGAAGAGCAUCCGGAACCGUCUCGGGGGGACAGGAUCUCAAAGCAGGACCAAUUCCCCGUCGCCCCCAAAAGUGACAGAUGUGCGACAGCUGCUGGAGGAGAAGAGACAGGGACAGAGACCGGGACAGUCCCCUCCGGUGGCCAGCGGAGGAAAAACAGAUGUUCGACAGAGACUGGGCAAGAGACAACGCUCCCCCUCCCCCGUCUCCCCCAGGGAAACUCCCCCGACCAGAGAACCAAUCAGAGACAUUCACCGCAGACUGGGCGUGGCCAGUCAAGAAACCAGAAGCCUGUUCUCCGACUCGUCCAAGGACAGGAAGACAAGUGGCCUGUGGAGCAGACUCGGCUCUGCAGAUGAUGACGGCGGCUCCGGACGUCAUGACCACAAACCAAGCAGCCGGUCACCGGGCCUGUUCUCCUCGUCGUCUGGGCGGAGCGGCGAUGGUGGUCAGGUGAGCCGCGGCGACGGAGGGAAGGAGGACAAGGAGGAGGUGGAAGAAGACGACACAACGCUGCAGAAUGUGUGGGGCGCCAUGAUCAAACAGAAACAGGAGCGACUGUCCCACAAGAUGAAGAAGAGCCGACUGGACAAUCUGCCGUCUCUGCAGAUCGAGAUUAGCCGCGACAGCAGCGACGACUCCGACGCCUGAACCUGGGGGCACCUUCUGAACUCUACGUCUUUUGCGAUCAUCUAAAGACAUGAAGCUGUGGUGUGUUUACUUUGAGGAGGCGCUCGUAUCGUGCAGUGGAUGACUGAACGGGGCCCUGCUCAGGUUGUCGGCCCUCAUGUUGUGUGUUUGUCCCUCGUCCUGAUCAGUUUGAGAAUCAUAAACCAGAUUUACGACCAUAUUUGUUUUUGGUAAAACAUGAUUUUACGCAUUUAUUUAGAUUUUAAAUUUAAGUCCGAUUACGUUGAGGUCUUUUGACCGUGAGCAGUCACUUAGCGACACAGAGGUCGGACUCGGCUCAGUUUCAACCAACGAGACCCUCUCGUCUGGGACAUUUUAAUUUGAUGCCUGAGUUUGCAGCAGAAAAUAUGAAUUUCUUACAAACUAGUUUCCAGUGUUGAAUACCAGCAUAGAUGAUGCAGGGCCCCGGGGCCACUGCUCCUGUUGAUGUUUUCAAUACGUGUGUUGAUGUUUAACUGGCAAACCCUGCAUCACUUGUCAGAAUGUAACAAAGCAUCAUGGGAACGUCUGUUUUUUGUCAGUAAGUCAUUGAUGCGUUACCGUGGAGAUACCACCCCCCCACACUCACUCGGGACCAUUCUUCAUGACUUUGAAGCGUCCACACGGACUUUACAGGACAAAACUUCAUUCCCCUUUUUAUGUGUGUCUGUGUGAGUGUACGGACAUGUUUGUCAAGUUGGCUGAUUAUUAAUUUUACACAGAAACACAGCACGUGUGUCAUUUAUCUGUAAUACACAAUCUUACCACAUCCAGUUCUGUGUGAAGGAUUUAGUGACAUCAGGUGUUGUACAUGUGAAGACAAGUGGCCGUACACAACUAUUCUCACAUUUUACAGACAUUUUACUUGGGGGUGGGGGUCCAGAGACACUGACUCAGACAUUUGUUCUCACAUACAGAACCUGCAGAACACGCCAGGAACAUGUGCAGACUGCCGUUCAGGUCUGAAAAUAUCUAUAAAAUCAUGAACAGUC